AUGUCCCUGACGUGGAUUGUCCCGCCUUUGCUGCGUCCACGUGCACGGCUUUGGUCGUCGUGGCUGAACCGCCUGGGCCUGGAUCGGCUGAAUGAGGCCGCCGUGGAUGGAGAUGUGGACCGCGCUGAGCGUGAAUUCGAGACUCUGAUUCCACAAGUACCCCUCGAGAAGUCCACCGUCGUCUACAACACUUUGCUGAAGGCCUUCGCGAACCAUGGCUCUUCUCAGAAAGCAGCCUGGCUCUACGGGCAGAUGCGCGCACGAAGCGUUCGGGUCAAUGCCAGGACCUAUGGGAAGAUCAUCGAAGCUUAUGCCAAGAGUGGAGACUUGGAGUCUGCGAUGGCCUGGCUGAGCCGACGCUCUCAGGACUUCAAAGCCGAUUCCGUUGUCGUUAACAUGCUUCUGGAUGCGGCUGCUCAGGCUGGUCGUGCCGAGGAGGCGGAGGUUUUGUUCUUCGCUGCGAAGAAGAUGGGUUUCACAGCAACUCCCCAUUCAUUUGGCAGCGUCCUGCAUUCGCUAGCCAAGGCCGGGAAGUCGGCGGAAGCCAUCGCAUGGCUGGAGCGUAUGGACAUGGAGCAGGUGGAACCCAAUGCCAUUUGCUACGGAGCAGUGAUUGAUGCCUGCGCGAAAUCAGGGCAGCCGAAUGCCGCAGUCAUGGUAUUUCAGCAGAUGCAACUUCGGAAGCUUCAGCCGGACCUUGUGGUGUUCGGCGGCAUUGUGCAUGCCUUCUCUCAGCUGGGACAGGUUGCAGAUGCGGCAUUGUGGUUGAAGGAGGCCGAGGCUUCGAAACUGAAGCCGAAUCUCAUCAUCUACAACAGCAUCAUCUCCGCCAGCGCACGUGCUGGAAAUCCCAAGCAG